AUGGAUCCUAGAAAUUUUUUUGAGAAUCCUCAAAAUUUCUCAAACUCCCAAGAUUAUUAUCCUAAUCUUGAUAAUAUUGAUAGCCAAGUUUUUGGAUCUGGUUCAAACCCUCAAUUUCCAUAUGAUCUCACUCAUGAAAAUUCCACUCAAGAAAAUGUCCACCCCACAAACACAAACACCUCCAGCGGUCCGCAAGGUUGGAAUGAUCAAGAAGAUUUGGCUCUCAUGUAUGCUUGGUGUACUUGUAGCUCAGAUUCAAUUGUUGGCACUAAUCAAAAUAAGGCCAAUUUGUGGAAACGCAUUCGGGCAAUGUAUGAAGAAUCUCGACUUGACAACUCGCGAUUAAUGGGAGAGAAAAGAUCCAUAGAGUCAUUGAGAAAUCGUUACAAGAGGUUGAAUGCGAAUGUAACCAAGUGGGUGGGUGCAUAUGUAGAAGCAUAUGCCAGAAAAAGUAGCGGCAUGUCUGAUGCAGAUGUUGAGAAGGAAGCGCAAAUUUUUUAUGGAACAACUAAGUUUACGCACCAUGAGAUUUUUGAAAAAGUCAUGCGUCAUCAUCCGAAUUGGGAGCUGAAGUUAGGCAGUGAGCGUACGCGUGCCCGUGCAAUUGAUGAUGAAGAUGAUGUUGAAGAAGAUCGUGGCAGUUCAAAAAAAUCAAGAACCACUGAGGAAGAUGAGAAUCCAAACAACUCAACCUCUGAAACUCCUGUAAGUGAAACUUCAACAAUCUGUCGUCCUGCUGGUAGAGAUAAAGCAAAAGCAAAAAGAAAAGGAAAAGCAAAAAUGUCACAACAAUCGAUUAUUUCUGAGGAUUUUACUGCAGAACUUCAAGCGCUGAGGAUCGUACGUGAGAAGGAAACUGAUGCAAUUAACAGAAUGGGAGAAAUUAGGAUGCAAUCCACUUUGAUGAUGUCAAAAUGGAAUGUGCUUAACACAUUGCUGGGUAAAAGCAACUUAUCUCCUCAAGAAGAGUCUAUGAAAAAUCGACUGAUGGCAGAAUUAUUUCCAUAA